AUCCACCAAAAUACAAAUACCAAAUUACCAAUCACAGCACAUCUCCUCCUCUUCUUCUUCUUCUUCAAUCUUCAUCAUCUCCACACACACACACACACACAGCUGAAUUGAAUCAGAGAGAAAUGGGGAAAGGCGGCAAUCUGAGCGAGGGCGUUCUGAAGAAGAUCAUCCUCUCCUACACCUACGUGGCCAUCUGGAUCUUCCUCUCCUUCAUGGUCAUCAUCUACAACAAGUACAUCCUGGAUCGGAAGUUGUACAAUUGGCCCUACCCCAUCUCCCUCACCAUGAUCCACAUGGCCUUCUGCUCCUCCCUCGCCUUCCUCCUCGUCCGCGUCUUCAAGGCCGUCGACCCCGUCUCCAUGUCCUGGGAUCUCUACCUCAAAUCCGUCCUCCCCAUCGGCCUCCUCUACUCCCUCUCCCUCUGGCUCUCCAAUUCCGCCUACAUUUUCCUCUCCGUCUCCUUCAUCCAGAUGCUCAAGGCUCUCAUGCCCGUCGCCGUCUACACCAUCGGCGUCCUCCUCAAAAAGGACGCCUACAAUUCCGAGACCAUGACCAACAUGAUCUCCAUCUCCAUCGGCGUCGGGAUCGCCGCCUACGGUGAGGCCAAAUUCGAUUCCUGGGGCGUUCUUCUCCAAUUGGGGGCGGUCGUGUUCGAGGCGACGCGUUUGGUCAUGAUUCAGAUCCUGCUCACCUCCAAGGGGAUCACGCUCAAUCCGAUCACCUCUCUCUACUACGUCGCCCCCUGCUGCCUGGCCUUCCUUUUCAUCCCGUGGAUCUUCGUUGAGUUCCCGAUUUUGAAGGAGAAUUCGAGUUUCCAUUUCGAUUAUGUGAUUUUCGGUAGCAAUUCGCUGUGUGCGUUUGCCCUAAAUCUGGCGGUGUUUUUGCUUGUGGGGAAAACCUCUGCUCUGACGAUGAAUGUGGCUGGUGUGGUGAAGGAUUGGCUUUUGAUUGCGUUUUCGUGGUCGGUGAUCAAGGACACUGUCACUCCGAUCAACUUGUUUGGCUAUGGAUUGGCCUUUUUAGGCGUGGGGUAUUACAAUCACGCUAAGCUCAAGGCUAUGAAGGUGAAGGAGGCGCAGAAGACGACGCAGCAGGCGGACGAGGAGGCCGGGAGGCUGUUGGAGGAGAGGGAUGGGGAAACCAAGGGUGUUGGUGUUGGUAUUGGAAGGAAGAAUGAGUCGCAGAAUUGAUUGGGGUUUUUGAUAAAUGAGGUGAUCUUUUUUGCAGGAUGAGUUUAGAGUAAAAGCAAGGAUGUUGAUUUGAUCUUGAUGAGUAUGGAUGGAGCCAUGGUUGAUUAGGUUCUGUUACUUUACAUCCACCUUCUUCUUCUUAUAUGUAUUGUUCCCAUUUUUAAACAUAUACUGUUUGUCAUCUCUUGUUUUUGCUCAUGUCUGAUGGGCUAUCUGUGACUUGAGAUUGACUUUACACUAUCAUCAAUUUUAAACUUAUUUCAUCUCAA